UCCGCCAGCGGGUACGGCUUGAUGACAUAUCUGAGACGUUUACAGUGGAGAUUUUAUGACCGUGUGCGGCUGAGGUUAAUCUGAUAAAUAACUUGCCACCUUUGCUGUGACCCAGAGAAGCAGCAGCUCUGCGCAUGCGCACUGCAUCGGCUGUAUGGGGACGAGGAGGACAUCACGGAAAAAACGUAGCAGCGGCGGCGGCAGCAGCACCACGAAACCCCACGCUGAGAUUUCGCCUCUCCCCACGACUAUGUCCGGUGCGGCGGUAAAGAGCGGGACCGCCACUUGACAGGCCUGGAGCAGGACUGCGCCGUUACCGGGGAGGAAAUCGCUUUCUUCGUAUGGGAGCAGCAUGCGGGAAAUGGUUGGAGGUUGCUGCGUGUGUUCCGACGAGCGAGGCUGGGCUGAGAAUCCGCUGGUUUACUGUGAUGGACACGGCUGCAGCGUCGCCGUCCACCAAGCGUGCUACGGCAUCGUCCAGGUGCCCACAGGUCCGUGGUUCUGUCGGAAGUGUGAGUCACAGGAGAGGGCAGCACGUGUGAGGUGUGAGUUAUGCCCCCACAAAGAUGGAGCACUCAAGAGGACAGACAGCGGAGGCUGGGCCCAUGUUGUGUGUGCACUCUACAUCCCUGAGGUGCAGUUUGCCAACGUCCUCACCAUGGAGCCCAUCAUCUUGCAGUACGUCCCACAUGAGAGAUACAUCAAGACGUGUUAUAUCUGUGAAGACCAUGGGAGGGAGAGCAAGGCUGCCUGUGGCGCCUGCAUGACAUGCAACAGGCAAGGCUGCAGACAGGCUUUCCAUGUCACCUGUGCUCAGAUGGCUGGUCUGCUGUGUGAGGAGGAAAGCCCAGAAGCUGACAAUGUGAAAUACUGUGGCUACUGCAAGCAUCACUACAACAAAAUGCAGAAGAAAUUGCGCUCUAGUGGAAACACAGGUAGCUCCUUCAGUCAUUCCAGGGGGCGCUCCAGCUCUCCUACACAGGACAAACACCAUCACCACAGACAGAGGAAGAGUCAUAAGGACAAGAUUCGGCAAAAAGAGCGACACAAGAAGUCGUCCGAUAGCCUCACCACUUCUGUAACGACCAGCAGCAUAGAUAAGCUCUCGUCCAGUCACCACAGUAGCAAGGAAAGUGAGGGAAAGUCCAAGAAGCUGAGCUCCCACAGUCAUCGCAGCAAAAAAGCAGGAAGCACGGGCAAGAGCUGCUCUUCCUCAUCGUGUUCCUCCAGUCCAUUCAACACAGGUGGCUCACUGUCUACGUCUCAGGAUUUCCAUCAGUUCUCAUCAUCCUCACGCCUGGAGCGGGACCACGAGCGAAGAGCUGACGACCACAGUAAUGAAGACCGCAAGGAACGCCACAGGAGGCCGGCGGUGGAGGAGGAUGAAGAUGAAGAAGAGGAUGAAAAGGAGGAGGACAAGGAGGAGGAGGAGGAGGAAGAGGACAGUAAAUACCACAAGCCACCAGCGCUGACUCCCGCUGAUGGCCCCCUUUCAGGGGCACAGGGUCACGACAGGUCAGAGGGCAACUCGAGCCCUUUCGAAAACAAGGUCACUAUUUCCACCUUUGGCUCCAUCAUGCGCAUCACCACCUCGUCGGGGCUCAGCAGCAGUAGCAAGAUCCGCAAGAUCUCCUCCUCAGGGGACUACAAGCCCUCCAAGUCUCUCUGCAAGCAGUCUCACCUGAGCACGCCGCCCAUCCUGGAGGAGGCAGACCUGGAGGACAAAGCCACGCCUCCUUCACUGCCUCGAGAAAGGAGGCACCGCGGCAACAAGAAGAGCCGCCACGGCCCAGGACGCCCACGGGGCAGCAAGAACCGAGAGAGGAGGGAAGAGGAGCAUCACCACCACCAUCAUCACUUAGCGCCGCCUCCUCCUGCCUUAACCUCCUCCCUCUACCCGAGUCCAUCCUCCAUUUCUCACCCUGCCUUCCCCUCCACCUUACCUCACACUGCCGCCUCUUCUACUACUUCUUCAUCAUCCUCUUCCACUUCUUCCUCAUCUUUCUCUUCUUCCUCUGCUGGCAGCUUUUCUACAGGCCGCGGCAACUCGCUGCUCGCCUCCGGUAUCUAUUCCAGUCUCAAGGACCCUCUCGCACUGGGUGGAGGGGUGUGUAGUACCCCACUCUCCCUGGGUGGAGGCGUAUGUAGCACCUCCUUGUCUAUGGCAGGAGGCAUGUGCACUAUUCCCCUCUCCUCAGGACUUCUUCCGUCCCACGUCUCCUCGCUUUCACUUCCGUCAGUCAGCGCUGUCUCAAACACACAGGUUCAUCCAGGCUCCAGCACCUCCUACAGCCUGACCUCCACUCAGUCAUUUGCCAGCUGUCUCUCCACUGCACCACCGCUGCCGCCACUACUGAGCCACGCCCAGACCUCACUGCCAGAGUCUGACCUCGAUGACUGUCGCUUCCCAUGUCAGGGAAACUCGCCCAGAGAAAGUCUUUCCUCACAGUCUCCUAUGAGCUGUCUUCCUCUACUCUUUGACCACAGAGACAGUCUGGGUGCAGGAGUCAGAGCCCGUCCAGAGAACGUCCCUGCAGCAAGCUCCCACAUCGAGCUCCUGCUGGAGAAACAUGGCAAUGGAGAGAUGGGAGUCAACAUUGUGGAGAUGCUGCAGUCGCUACACUCCCUGCAGCAGGAGAACCAGCGCCUCCAGGACCAGAUACUCAGCCUGACGGCCAAGAAGGAACGUCUGCAGCUGCUCAACACCGAACUGGCUGUUCCCUUCCAUCUGCAGGUUCAUUCCACGCAGGGCUCCAUGCACCCCUCUGCCCAGAUCAGCUUCCUGUCAUCCACUCAAGACCCCUUGAGCACCAAUAAGAGUCCCCUGUCCAAAACCUGCUUCCUGAAUGACACCUCCUUUGUUACCUCCUCUGAGGAGCUCCACUCUGGUAGUCCGUCCCGCAGUAGCUCCUCCCUCUCUUUCCACAGUACUCCGCCUCCUCAACAGAGCCCCGCCUCCUUUGGCCAGCCCCUGCUGAAUGGACUGAGUCGCGGAUUGAGUGACGGUUUGGGGACAAUCGGCCAGUCUGGCAGCUCCGCUCUGCCUAUGGUGGGCGGCCUGAUGGCUUCCCUCACAGGAAGUCCUCAGUUGAACAUGAACGGCGUGCUGGGCAGUCUGAACGGCGUCAUUCAGUCACCUGUACAGAACACCUCCCAUUCUGCGCUCCCUGCACUACGGCCCCAGCCUCCACCGCUCAACCCCCAAACAUUGGCACAGAAUUUUCAGCUGCCUAAGAGUGUGAGCCCGUCUUCUCUCCUAUCCGAACAGCAGAAGCAGCUUCUUCUCGAGCAGCAGCAGCUUCAGCAGUUUCUCACCUCACAGAACUUCACUCCUGAGCAGCAGGUGGUGGUGUGUCAGAUGCUGCAGCAGCAGAGACAAAGGGAGCUGCAGCGCCUCACACUGACAGGAGCACUUACCUCCACCCCAAACUCACCCUUGAUCACCCAGUCCCCCAACCUACUGUCCUCAGCAACAGCCUCCCCCCUGCAGGGCGGGCCAGGAACCAGCCUGUUCGGCCUGCAGGACAGCACGCUCCACAAACCCGGGGCUGCAGGAGAGAAGAGCGGAGACAAGAACGGCUGACGUCUCCAAGUGAAAGGAAGACGUUGGACUUUCUCCUGCCGUUUGAACGGAGCUCAUCGGAGACUCGUGGCCUCUUUUUUUUUCUUCUGUCAUCUUCCUCCUUAAACCCUCUUUCAUGAAUGUAUACCAGGACGGACUGAAAGGUGAAGUGUUUUGUGUUUUGGAAUUCUUUCUACCAGAGGUUGAUGUCAUAGGUUUUUGUUUUUGUGCAGGCAGCUUUCAGAGAGCAUGAAUACGGUGGUCUCUUCUUAAAUUGCACUAAUUUGUUAGCUACACCAAUGGGACUGUUUAUGUAUCAAAGCCAGACUUCCUGCUCAUCUUGGCUUUAGGUUUUAGACCCAGUCUUUCUGUUCAUUCCAUCCACUCUGGACUCUCAGAAUCAGACUUCUUCUCACAACCUCAGCCGUCUUCCUCAAUAUUCCGUCUUCCCUUUGUGUUCAACCCCCCGAAAUUUCAUCAGGAUCUCCUUUAUGUUAUAGGUAUCUAUUUAUAUAAAGUGUAAGUUAAUUAUCCGUGUAUGGUUUAGUGACAUUUUGACCUGAAGAUAAUUAUUACCUCAGACUUUGCUGCCACCUAUUUAAGAUUAUGGUUAACGUUUCUGUGCUGAUUCAUUACCGUAACAGCCAUCACUGGAUAUUUUUGCCCACCAAAAAAAACCAACCUGAUAUUAACUUUAUGGUAUUAACGCAUAUAAAUGGUCAUUGGUAUGUGAGCCACACACACCGGCGCCAAAACAGCACCGGCGCCAACAUGAAAGUUGAGCACCUGAUUUUCCUAAAGCUACAGAGUGUAGGUUUUAAUGUCAUCUACUGGUAAGGUUGCACAUUGCAUGGUGACUUGAUUUUAAAAAGAUGACUGCGCUAAUAUUGAUGCAAUUACAGUAAAAUCACUGAGUAGAAGUGCAGCUGCUCUGCGCUCACACAGCCUGUUUUUUUUUUUGUUGUUUUUUUUUUUAAAGCCUGUCAGAGAUACUGGAGCACCUGUUGUCACUGCACGCGCUCAGCCUCAUGUUUUGCUGCAGAACAACAGGCUCAGCACUUCUGGAUCCAACCCACAAAUUUUUUUAAACUCUUUUUUAAAGAGUUGAGGAUAAAGUGUCCCUCGUCUCUUCCCUGUGCAGUUGUGAUCCAGCCCACAACUCCAGACAAUACAUAUUUCCAACAGUUACUGAGCAUCUGCUCAUCAGGACCACAGAUGUAGUUAAACUAGAUCACUGCACUCGUAGAGUGCUAACCUCCACCAACACUAGUUUCCAAUCCCACAAAAUGUUUGCCUUAGAAAAAUAUUUUCAAGGUCAAAGUCCUGUUAGAAGUCGUGGCUUUUCAUAAGC